AAUGUUUAAAAGAAAAAUGUAAAACAACUUAAAGUUAAAGUAGAAGCUACACGGGACUCUCCAAAACUUCCGGGGUGCUGAAGAGCAUGCGCAGGAGAGACGAAACCAAACUCCACCUUAUUUGCAAAAUAUUCAGGUUGUCCACCCUGUUGGAGUAUUAUGCAGCAUAAGUCUGUGGGGCCCUUGCCAGUGUUUCUGCUCCGUGAAGGAAGAGCCUCCCUGAAGUCACUGGAUGCUUCUAGCUCUCAGAACUUUGCAGAGACACUGCCCACGGAGGUGAGCGUGAGGAUCUUCGGAGAGUUAGAUGCAGAGAGUCUCUGCAGAGCCUCCAGGACAUGCAAACUGUGGCAUUCAAUCAUCGAUCAGAGCGAGCACCUAUGGAGGCAGCAGUGCCUGCUGGUCCGAGCCAUCUGUCAGAGAGAGGUGGACAGCGACCGGAGUGAUGGCCUCUCCUGGAAGGUGACCCUGGUGAGGAACUACACCCGGAGCCAGGUGAAGACAGACUGGCUGACAGGACGGUACAGCAGAGUGAGUUCUGCAGACGAGCUGCUGAGCAGGAAGAUGGUGCCGCUGGACCCGGAGACGUGGGGAGAGAUCCUACAGGCUGAGCUCGACAGAUGAUGCUGUUAUAUUUUUUGUUUUAUAGCCCCUGAAGCACUUCUCUCUGAUUUUGACUCUAAUAUAUGUUUUAUACUCUGAGUUCACUUUAAUGCAACACAGACAAUUGUACAUAUAAUUUUUGAAUAUUUUUUUAGAGAAAUAAUCAUGAAUUGGUUUGAUGUAAAUGCAGCUGAGCUGGAAUUAAACCAGUAUUUGUUUA